GCACAAGCGAUCGCGUUGACCAGAGGGAACCACUUGCAGAGCAGCGCGUUGACCUCCUCUGUUCACCAAACUUGAAUUCUAUCCAUUUUGGUAUUUUACCCCAAUUUUUACGCAUUACAUGUAAAAACAGAAUCUAAUUCUCCUUUGAAAAACCAAAUAUAGUCAGGAAUCAUACAUUCCACUCAAUCAAUAUCCAAUUCACUUCCAUCUCUACCUACACAUACGCAAUUCAAUCAUUUUCUAGUCUCUGAUCCGUUUAAUUCAUUCUAAAUGAGUGAAAGCGGAGGAAGUUCCGGCCACUCUGCCGCCGGCGACGCGGCGCCGGACGCGAAGAAGCAGAGCAAGGCGAAAGUUAGCAGGACGUCGUUGAUUCUGUGGCACGCUCAUCAUAACGAUGAGUCCGCGGUUCGGAAGCUUCUAGAAGAAGAUCCUAAGCUCGUUCACGCUAUUGAUUACGAUAAUCGAACUCCGCUUCAUGUUGCUUCGCUUCACGGUUGGAUCGAUGUCGCUAAGUGCUUGAUUGAGUUCGGUGCUGAUGUUAAUUCGCAAGAUCGCUGGAAGAACACGCCUCUAGCCGAUGCAGAAGGAGCCAAAAAACAUGGAAUGAUCGAGCUGUUAAAGUCGCAUGGUGGCCUAUCAUAUGGGCAGAGUGGAAGUCAUUUUGAACCAAAACCUGUUCCACCACCUUUACCUCAAAAGUGUGAUUGGGAGAUCGAUCCAUCAGAGCUGGACUUCACACAUUCAGCUAUGAUCGGGAAGGGGUCUUUCGGUGAGAUCAUAAAAGCAGGUUGGCGUGGGACACCUGUAGCUGUGAAGCGCAUCCUUCCAAGUCUUUCGGAUGAUAGAUUGGUAAUUCAGGACUUCAGGCACGAGGUGAAUUUGCUAGUGAAGCUUCGCCACCCAAAUAUAGUGCAAUUUCUUGGAGCAGUUACUGAUAGGAAGCCGUUAAUGUUAAUUACUGAAUUUUUGCGAGGGGGUGAUCUCCAUCAGUAUCUAAAGGGAAAGGGUGCACUUAGUCCAUCAACAGCUGUCAGCUUUGCAUUAGACAUCGCCAGAGGCAUUGCUUAUCUUCACAAUGAGCCGAAUGUCAUAAUACACAGAGACUUAAAACCGAGAAAUGUUCUUCUGGUCAACUCCAGUGCUGACCACUUAAAAGUUGGAGACUUCGGACUAAGCAAGCUUAUCAAGGUGAAAAAUUCUCAUGAUGUGUACAAAAUGACCGGCGAGACUGGAAGUUACCGGUACAUGGCUCCUGAGGUCUUCAAGCAUCGUAAAUAUGAUAAGAAGGUUGACGUUUACUCUUUUGCAAUGAUACUGUAUGAGAUGUUAGAAGGCGAUCCACCAUUAUCACACCAUGAACCUUAUGAAGCAGCCAAAUAUGCGGCAGAAGGACACAGGCCUAUGUUUAGGGCAAAAGGCUAUACUCAAGAACUAAGAGAGUUGACGGAACAUUGCUGGGCAGCAGAUAUGAACAAGAGACCUUCGUUCCUGGAUAUCCUCAAAAGGCUUGAAAAAAUUAAAGAAACUCUACCAUCAGAUCACCACUGGAAAAUCUUUACUUCUUCACACGUCAAGCAUGACCCAACAUCAUGAUGCAGAGGCUGAUAAAAUCGCCCACAGGGCAUAAAUAUAUGUCUUCAAGUGUUUAGAAGAAUCAUGUAGAAUAUAUAAAAUUAUUUUGAAAAUUUUCCAUGUAUAACCUAAUUCAUUUUCAAUUUUUCUGAAACAAGCAAUCUUGAAACAAGUUGUUCAAUACUAAUAUCCUGCAUCUUUUGAAUCUUUA